AUACUGUUUUUCAGAUUGGCUCGACAUCGGAAAAUAGUGGAACCUGAAGUAGUAGGAGAAAGUGACUCAGAAGUAGAAGGAGAUGCUUGGCGCAUGGAACGAGAAGAUAGCAGUGAAGAAGAAGAGGAAGAAAUUGAUGAUGAGGAAAUAGAGCGGCGCCGUGGCAUGAUGCGUCAGCGAGCACAGGAGAGAAAAAAUGAAGAGAUGGAAGUCAUGGAGGUGGAAGAUGAAGGACGUUCUGGGGAGGAGUCAGAAUCAGAGUCUGAGUAUGAAGAGUACACAGAUAGUGAAGAUGAGAUGGAGCCUCGUCUUAAGCCGGUCUUCAUUCGAAA